AUGCUCCGGCGCUCCGGCGUCUCCCUCGUCCAUAGCCUCCCCCUCACCCCCUCCAAGUCAAUCUUACCGUUAAUAUGCACUCGUAACAUAUCCACCCAGCGGCGUCCGAACUCGACACUCUCGACUGCCGACUCCUUCACCAAUUCAUCAGAAUCAUCUUCUUUCUCUCAUUCUAAUCCCACACCUCAAACACCAGUCCCCCCACUCUCAACCCUUCCAACUCCCUAUCUCCUGCGUACGAUUCUAAUCUGUACCGUCUCAACCUCUCCGUUCCUCUCAAACCUCCUCACGAAGCUUCUACUCACCUACACGACCUUCUUAACUUCCAACCCAAUACCACGGUUCUUCCUAAAACAUACAUUUUACAAUCACUUCUGCGCUGGGAACACACCCAAUGAGAUCCAAUCCACCUUAACCCGUCUAAAAUCCUGGGGAUUCCGUGGAAUAAUUCUAGCAUAUGCAAAGGAAGUCGAAGUGCCCGCAAAACUCUCAAGGGAGAAUAUUUCGCAAGAACACCUAGAGUUCGAUAUCAAAAAUUGGAAGGAUGCUACCGUUAAAACCAUCGAAUAUGCGGAACCUAACUCCUUCGUUUCGGUGAAAUAUUCCGGCGCGGGACCGGCAUCCGUGUUGAACAUGGAAACUAACGAACCGCAGUCUCCGCUGUUCAUGACUGCUCUAGAUGAUAUCUGUAAAGCGGCACAGGCGAAUGGGAAAAACGUCAAGUUAUUGUUUGAUGCCGAACAAACGAGGUAUCAAGACGCGAUGGAUGGGUAUACUUUACACCUCAUGAAGAGAUAUAAUACACCGGAACGGAUGCCGACGGUAUACAAUACAUACCAAAUGUAUCGAAAAAUCUCUCCGAGUAACCUAAAAUCCCACUUGGAGGCUGCAAAGAGUCAAGGGUUUGGGUUCGGCGCAAAGGUUGUUAGGGGUGCUUAUUUACACUCGGAUCCGAGGAGUACCUUUUGGGAAGGGAAGGAAGGCACAGAUGAUAGUUAUAACGGAGGUAUUAACCGACUUCUUACGUUCGAUAAUUCACGUGGUGCGAAGAAUGGGGGUAUAAACGUCGGAAUUGUGGUGGCGUCGCAUAAUCAAACCAGCGUUACGAAGGCGAUGGAUACACUUUCUCAUUUGAAAAACGAAGAGGCGGGACGGUUGUUGGAAGGUAAAGAAAUUACAUUCGCUCAGUUGGCUGGUAUGGCGGAUGAGGUUUCUAUGAGUGUGAUUAAUUCGCAGGAGAACGGAGGGGUUAAUGUUGUGAAGUAUAUACCUUGGGGAACUAUGGAGCAGUGUGUGAAGUAUUUGUUGAGGCGGGCGGAUGAGAAUAAAGAUGCGCUGGGGAGGACGGGGGAGACGAAGAGGGCAGCUGGGAGAGAGGUUUUGAGGAGGGUUAAGGGGUUUUUUGGGCUGUCGGCUUGA